AUGGACGUCUCGUCGCUUCAUGGCAGCUCGAGCAACAGCACCGUGAGCAGCGCGGCUGCUCGACCGCCGGGGCGACUGUUGCGGCAAGAAGCGGCCGAGCAAGCGCAACACGGCCGUGACACGUUCAAUAUGGCGCUACGGAUCAAUUACCUGGAAGAGCAGUUGCUGCUACUGAAAGGCGGAGAAGACUGUACAAAGACCGACGUGCUCGUUGAACUGGCCGAGCUCCGCGACGCAGUGAGCGCUCGCGAGCACGAGCUCCGUCAGCGCACGUUGGACUGGACGCGCGUUGUCGACGACCUCAGAGCGCAACUGGACGAGGCAAAGGGUGCACGCGAUCGGGCGUCGACGCCAUUGCAAGAGCCGACAAAAGACGUUGGCGCUGCGGCGGCAGUGGCGUCGUCGACCGCUGUCAAACAGUACCAACGGAUCUGCUUGAAGCUUCGCGACAAGCUGAACGCGAUGACAGAGAAGAAAGAAAAGAGUCGAGCGGACGCCAGAAGUUUACAGCAACAAGUCGAUCAGUUAUCGGCUGUUCUCUGCGCACAAGAGAACGCCAGGCGGGAUCUCGAGCGUGACUACAAGACCGCUCUAGACAGUAUGUACGAGCUCAAGACGCAAGCGCGGCAGCGCGACACGCUCCGCAGCGAGUUGGAAGAGCGACUGAAGCUCUGUGCGCCUGUGUCUGGCGGAAAGGUGUGGACGCGUCGGUGCGACCAACAGCGCGUGACCCACGAGCGCGAGAUGACGCUGCUCAAUGGAGAUCUGGCGCACUUGAAAGCAGAAAAAGCCAAUGUCGAAGAGGCACUCCGUCAGGACGUCGAAAAAGAUCUGGUCGAUCUCAAAGAAAGCAACCGCGUGUUACUUGAAGAUUUACAAGAAUGUUACAGGCACUACACCGAGACGUGUCGUGAGAAUAGGAGUCUGAUGAAAGCUGCGAGGGUUUACAAGUCGGCCAUUGCCGUUCGGGACGCCGACGUUCAAAAGUAUACUGAGCGGCUUCGCGUUCGCACGUCAAUGAACGUCGUCAGGCAAACUAUGAUCGAGCAGCUCCAGGAAACACGUCACCUGCUUUCGGCAACGUCCAGACGACUGAAAACGACCCCUAUCUGGAGUGAAGACGGUGAGCGGAUACAUGACCAUAUCCUCCAAAUCGAGUCGGUGUCAAAGCAAUGGGGCGGGACUUUCGCCAAAUUCCAAGACUUACAACAGCGAAUGGCUGACAGGCUGUCACGUCGCUACAAUAAGUCGAAACGGCAUCCUCGUUGGAUCGUUGAUGCAAAGCAAGAGUGCUUGAGUUUGCAAGUCGAAGCUUCAAUAUUGUCGAGGACGGUCUGCAGUCUUGUCAGGAUUUUCGUUUGUCCGCAGCAGCUGAUAGCUGCUAACGACGGUGCUCGCACGCUUCAUAGUACGUCGAAUGGAUGUGUACCUGCUUGCCAUAGUCAAAAGCCGACGCAAGGUGAGCGACUCGUUAGCUUAGAUACGCAGCUCGAAAAAGAGGAGACACGUAUACUGCGACAAACAUAUUAG